AUCUCUUCCUUAAUUACUAGUCAACAAACAUAAUUCUCUUCCUAGUCUUGUCCUUAAAUUACAACAACUUUCAAUCCUCAAUCUGCUCCAUCAUAUAUAUAUAGUAAUAAUAGCAGCAAUGGAUAAUACUCCCAGAUUGCUUCAAUCGGUUUCAAGCUUGAUUCUGAUUCUAAGCAUUUCAUCAUUGGCCUCAGCAUCUCUGAAAGUGGGUUUCUAUAGCUCAACGUGUCCAUCUGCUGAGGCAAUAGUGAGAAGCGCAGUAGAGAAAGCAAUAUCUGCCAACCCAGGCAUAGCUGCUGGUCUCAUCAGAAUGCAUUUCCAUGAUUGCUUUGUCAGGGGUUGUGAUGGUUCUGUGUUACUAGCAUCUAGACCGGGUAAUCCAAUAUCCGAAAGAGACAAUUUGGUUAACAACCCAAGCUUGCGUGGCUUCGAGGUGAUUGAGGAAGCCAAAAAUCAAAUAGAGGAUGCAUGUCCUCAAACAGUAUCAUGUGCAGACAUAUUGGCAUUCGCAGCACGAGACAGUGUUUCGAAGGUUGGUGGCAUAAACUACGACGUUCCAUCCGGACGCAGAGAUGGUGGCGUCUCAAUCGGCGGUGAAGUAAUAGGCAAUCUUCCAGGACCAUCCUUCAGUGCUGAUGAACUUGUUAGUAGUUUUUCUCGAAAGGGGUUGUCAGCAGAUGAAAUGGUGACACUCUCAGGAGCGCAUUCAAUCGGUGUAUCCCAUUGUGGCUCCUUCUCAAAUCGCUUAUACUCUUUCAGUGACACAGCUACACAAGAUCCCUCAUUGGACUCUUCAUAUGCUGAAACGUUGAAAGGAAAGUGUCCCCCACCACCCCCCACCUCAGACCCAACAGUGUCUCUUGAACCUUCCACGCCUAUUCGUUUGGACAGUAAAUACUAUGAGGCAUUAAUCAACCACCGUGGCUUGUUGACGUCGGAUCAGACGUUGUACACGAGCCAGUCCACAAGGGCAAUGGUUGAAAGCAACGCAUACAAUGCUGCAAGUUGGGCUGAGAAAUUUGCCCUAGCAAUGGUGCGCAUGGGUUCUAUAGAAGUGCUUACUGGCUCCGAUGGUGAGAUCAGGAAGCAGUGCAGCUUUGUUAAUUAAAUUAUUCAACAGCAGCAACACUCUUUUCCUGAAAAUAAUUCAACCUUAAUUUGUUUCUUUUCUUUACAUUAAUUGAAUUAGUUUGCGAUUGUUCGUCUGUUUUGAAUUUGAUCCAUACCUGCCAUUCACCAGGAUGGCCAACAAUUCAACCUAGUGUAUAUCCCCUCCUUUUAUUAUUUAUAUGUUUCCUAAUGGAUAAAAUUUUCCCCUUCUAUAUUUGUAUUAUGUUUAGAUGGUCAUUGGCCAAAUCUAAUAAAUCUAGUUGUUUGUUGGCUGAACUGUGUAUCAA